AUGCAGUGUGUGAAGGGCUGGACUCGCGGAUGUGCUUUGCACAUGGCUGUCCUUCUUCUGAAGCUUGAGAAUUGCUUGGACAAGUUCGUCGCCAUGAUGGGGCCGGACCGGAUGGGUGGGUUUGCAACGCAGCAUGUGAACUUUGUCAUGGUCAACGAGGCGGUUGAUGUUGUGGACAUGAACCGAGGCCGACGUACAGGCCUUGUUGCGACGCAGAUUGGUACCGUGACCGCCUUGGAAAUUGUUUUCUUGGAUGAGCUUGAGCGGGAAAUCCCCCACGAGCGGUUUCUAGCAGAAAAGCCAAUCCUGAUGGAGAGUUUUAUGAUUCAGUCCUUUGACGACGCGCUUUUGCAGGUAGCAGAAACGCAGCCGCCCUUCAGCCUUGGCCUCCUGCCAGAAUGCAAGGCAGUGGUAUCUCGCCACACCCAAGAAGUCCAGCUGAACGAGGUCAAAAAGCGGGCUGAGCUUCAGCUCCAAGUUGAUGGCGCAACCUUCCAGAGUCUCAGCUCAGACUUGCAGGCGGACAUGUUGCAGUUGGACAAGUACGCCAAGAAGGUUCGUGACGCGCAGGCCUCUUGGGCGCCUCAGGUUCAAUACUACAAGCGGUCGCGGCGUGCCAAAGGCGUGGAGAAGGUGGGGGUGCUCAUGACGCAACGGAUCAACGCAGUCCACAUGGAAGCUGCGAAUUUUGUGGAUGUCCCACGCAAAUUUGCUCAGUUCAAAAGCACUUCAGCCCACAGCUUGCCGCAGUUGGAUGAGGGAAAAGCUUGUGUGAAGGCUUGCGCGGACAUUUGCCAUCAGUCGGAGAGGCACGCAGCCUUGAUCCGCUAUCCCCAAAAGCACAAGAAUCAAAAGAUGGAGGCCUACCUGGCUUUGCGCCGCCGGAUUGAGGAUCGUGCUCUCAGUAGUGGGCUUUCCUUGGAGUACGACAUCGAUGUUGAUUACGCCACAGAUGGGCUUCAUGGCAAUGACUCGCGAAGUGCUUUCUCAAAGUACCGAUUGUGCCCUAGCUCUACGCACGAGAACAGAUCUACUUGGCUUGGAGCAGUGGCUUUUGCGAAGCGGGGCAGGAUCUCCAAUGUCCCGCUGAUUUCCGCCUCCCAGAUGCGGACGGUUCCUCACGAGAACCGGUCUUUGGCUCUUCAAGGCCUGGGCCCGGCAGAGAGAGCUUCGCAGCAAGGUGUCCGCGGAGCAAAGCAAAUUUUGGCAGAUCUGCUGAUGGGACGUGAGAAUGAAGAGCGCGCAGCGAGGAGGCACGUGAUUAUUGUGGACCUAUUGCCUGGUUGCGGGGAUUGGUGCGACGCUGCGUGGGACUUGCAUGAACAGUGGCAGGCUGGAGCGGCUGGGGUCCCCUGCGUAUGCUAUUUGGCUAUCUACAGGAAGGAUGAUGUCUCCGCCUUUGCUGGCAUGAAGGCUCACAUUCAGGGUAUGUUGUUGGCCCGGUGGUGGGAGUCGCAGUCAGAGGCAGGGCCCAGUGAACCAACUGACCGAGCUGUUGUCCCACCGCCACUGCUACGCCUUCUGGCUUUGGACAACAAAACACCUCGGAUUCCGGACGUGUUGAAGAAGCACUUUGAAGAGUCGGCGGACUUCAAGCUCCCUUGGCAAAACUUGUUGAAGGAUGUCUCCGCAAAGUUGUCAGGCAUGGUCUUUGGCUGCGACGGAGAUGUUGACGUGGGGAGCAGCCGUCCAGAGCAGGACGCAGUGGCGAUGCGCGGGCCAGAGUUUCUGGACGAUUUUGGCGGGGGCCACCCUAUUGAUCCACAUUGUGUCCUCGAGGUUGAAGUCAUAGAUAGCAACGAGAUGGACAUGAGUGAAGUGCUGUUCUCUUGUAACCCUUCAAAGCACGUGCCAGCCAUCUACAUCACCAAAAAGAUGGACAUUCUUUUGAUGCUGGAGGAGAGUGUUCACGGCCCGUCCUUGGAGUUUGGCCCUGCAGAACUUGGCGGGUUCAACACCGGGACCAUUGUGCGCAAUGAAGUGGAAGAGUUUGAAGGAGUUGACUGCAUCCCAUUUGUUUUCGCCAAUGACUUGGAGCUUGUGUGCGUGCCUGGUGACGGAGGCAAGAUGUUGGCGCCCUUGUGCAAUCUGAACUUCAUUGCUUUCCAGAAGUCCAUUGCGGACCUCAGGCCAGAGUUCCACUCAGGCGUCCCAAUCACCGUUCCGCAGGAGGGCAGCUCUGUGGGCCGUGAGUUGUUUUGCCGCCUUGCGUAUGAUCCACCUCCACGGAAUUCUGUGGCCUUCUUUCCCGACAAGCUUUCUGAUGAUGAGUGUUCACGCGGAGUCUUGAAGCGUGGGCAGUGGGGCGCUGCCUUCAUGGGUGGGGCGUGGCAAAAAUUGCCGUCAGAUAGCGCAAAGGUGGUGUGGGAAGUGGAUUCUCAACUGAGUGUUCACCCGCCCAGUAUCAAGUGCCUCAAGCCAAAGAUUUGGCUAGUAGGCAAGCUUCACAUGAAGACGGGGCAGGUCUACCAGUUGACCUAG